AUGGCCGAAAGCGACAAAUUAUUGAACGUCGACAAUAUUUUAUUGAGAUUGUUGGAGGUGCGUGGUGCUAGAUCCGGCAAGAACGUGCAGCUAUCCGAAGGUGAAAUCAAAGGCCUGUGUCUGAAAUCGAGGGAGAUCUUUAUGGGACAACCUAUACUCUUAGAACUUGGAGCGCCUUUGAAAAUAUGCGGGGAUAUUCACGGUCAAUACUACGACUUGUUACGUUUAUUCGAGUAUGGCAGCUAUCCGCCAGAGUCUAACUACUUAUUUUUGGGCGAUUACGUGGACCGUGGAAAACAUUCUCUGGAAACGAUAUGUUUGUUAUUAGCGUACAAGAUAAAAUUCCCUGAAAAUUUUUUCCUUUUGCGCGGCAAUCACGAAUGCGCCAGUAUUAACAAAAUAUACGGAUUUUAUGAUGAAUGCAAACGGCGAUAUAAUAUAAAGCUUUGGAAAAUAUUCACGGACUGUUUCAAUUGUUUACCAGUAGCAGCAAUUGUUGAUGAAAAGAUUUUUUGUUGCCAUGGAGGUCUUAGUCCGGACUUGCAGUCAAUGGAACAAAUUAGACGACUUAUGAGGCCAACAGACGUACCUGACCAGGGAUUAUUGUGUGAUUUGCUCUGGUCCGAUCCUGAUAAAGAUACAACGGCCUGGGGAGAGAACGAUAGAGGUGUAUCAUUUACAUUUGGGGCAGAGGUUGUGACUAAAUUUUUGCAUAAACAUGAUUUUGAUCUCAUUUGCAGAGCUCAUCAAGUUGUAGAAGACGGUUACGAGUUUUUUGCUAAGCAACAGCUCGUCACUUUAUUUUCAGCACCAAAUUACUGUGGUGAAUUCGACAAUGCUGGUGCAAUGAUGUCUGUCGAUGAAACUCUGACAUGUUCAUUCCAGAUUUUGAAGCCGGCAGACAAACAGAAGUACGUGUAUGGAGGAAUGUCGACUGGUAGACCAGUAACACCGCCUGGAGGAUCUGCUGUUAAACCAGUAAAAAAUAAUAAAAUGUGA